UCCGAUUCGGUUAUUUUCGUUUUGAAAAAGAUGGCGUCUGUUAUUUUGCGGACGACAGGUCGCCUUGCACAAAAGUUAAAUACAGGCAAUUCUCUAAGGAUUCUUGCUGGUUCUAUCCCUUCUCAGCAAUCUCAACAGAGAAAUUUAUCCAUUCAUGAGUACAUGAGUUUUGGUUUACUGGAGAAGGCUGGAAUACCAAUACCAAGAUACAGAGUUUGUGAAACAAUAGAAGAGGUAGAAAAGUCAACAGCAGAAUUAGCUACAGAGACAGGUUCAACAGAUGUGGUGGUCAAGGCUCAGGUACUCUCUGGUGGGAGAGGGAAGGGUUCAUUUACAAGUGGUCUGAAAGGAGGAGUCAAAAUCUGUUAUACGCCAGAAGAAGCUAAGAAGACUGCUGAGCAAAUGUUAGGUUAUGAUCUGAUUACAAAACAAGCACCACUUGGCAGACCCUGUAAUACAGUGAUGUUGUCCGAGAGACUGUACUCCAGGAGAGAAUUCUACUUUGCUAUUGCUAUGGAACGUUCUUUUGCUGGACCAGUACUGGUAGGAAGUUCACAAGGUGGAAUGAAUAUAGAAGAAGUUGCCAAAGAAAAUCCACAUGCAAUUAUCAAAGAACCUAUAGAUAUUUUUAAUGGAAUGUCCAGGAAUCAAGCUGUGCAAAUGGCAGCACAUAUGGGAUUUGAUCCAUCAUGUAUUGAUCAGGCAGCUGAUAUAAUGAUGAAAAUGUACUAUGACGUCUUUUUAAAGUAUGAUGCAACAUUGAUAGAAAUUAAUCCUAUGACUGAAGGUGCCACAGGUCAAGAUUUAAUCAGCUAUAUUCCACAACGACUUAGUGUUUACUGUAUGGACUGUAAGCUUAAUUUUGACAGCAAUGCAGAAUACAGACAAAAAGACAUUUUUGCUUUACAAGACUGGUCCCAGGAAGAUAAGAGAGAACACAUAGCAGCUGGACAUAAUUUAAAUUAUAUAGGUUUAGAUGGAAAUAUUGGAUGCCUUGUCAAUGGCGCAGGCUUAGCCAUGGCUACAAUGGACAUUAUCAAAUUACAUGGAGGUAGUCCAGCCAACUUUUUAGAUGUUGGUGGUGGCGCCACCUCAAAUCAAGUGAUGGAAGCUUUUAGGUUAAUUACAUCAGAUCCAAAAGUACACGCUAUAAUGGUAAACAUAUUUGGUGGAAUCAUGAGAUGUGAUGUGAUUGCCCAGGGGAUUGUAGCAGCUGCAUCAGAAUUACAUCUUAAAAUACCCAUUGUAGUUAGAUUACAAGGAACAAAAGUAGAAGAUGCAAAGGCAUUGAUGGGUGCUAGUGAUCUGAAAAUAAUUGCUUGUGAUAACUUAGAUGAAGCAGCCAAAAUGUCUGUGAAAUUGUCUACAAUUGUAGGACUUGCUAAAGAAGUUGAUGUGAAUGUCAAAUUUGAACUGCCAUUAUAGAUUGUUUUUGUUAUUAGGUUUUAAAUAUUUAUAAAAUAAAUUUGACAGUCCAUUGUUCAGUCUCUGAUGGUAACAGAAGAUGCCUGUCUAACAUACUCACAGCUGGUUUCAUUUUCAAAAUUAUCAUUCAAACACAACAGAUACAUGAAGACUGAUUGAUUUAGCAAGAGAAAAAACUGUACCAUUGGCUUCUGAUGUAUUUUCUCCAUUGAAUACCUCUAUUAUUUAUUUAUUUGUUUGGUGAAGCAUGCCUCCCACCUGUUGAUUAGUAUUUGCAUAUAAGUGUGGUGUUAAGAUAAAAUUGUACUAAGGUGUAUUGUUUUGGUUUCUUUUUCUCUUUGUCACUGUGAAGAUAAAAAUAUUUUUGUAUAUUUCUAAUUUAGAUGAUUUUUAGUUUCUACAAAAAGUGUGUAUUUAAUUUCUCUGUGUAUAUUUCACAUUAUUAAUUUGACUUCUGAAUUUGAAUAAACAAAUAAAGUAAUAUGAUUUGAAUGAAAUCCUAAUCAAAUUAAGUAUUUAUAGAAUGAAUUUAAAUUUUAAAAAAAAUAAUUUAGAAAUGAAUGAAAUCCUAAUAAAUCAAAUUAAAUAUAUUGAACAUGGUGAAUAGGUAUAUUUAGUUGGAUUUUCUUCUGUUUUUGUUUGAUAAGAAAAAUUGAAUUAAAAUACUACCCCAUACAGCAUCUAGGUAUUCUACUGUUUUACAUCUCUAAGCAAAAAGACUUAUUACAAAGACUAAUACAUCCAUCUUUGUCAAAUUAUAAAUAAUCUGUCCUUAUUUAAACAGAUCAUAAUUAAUUAUACACUUCAUGUUGAUGUGUAGCUUCUGGAAACAGUAAACAUAUUUCUCCAUUGUCCAUGUGUUACAUAAGUUAAUUUUCAUUAUGAAUUGUCCAUGCUGGAUACAUGGAUUUUCAAAUUUCUCUGACAAGCCAACAAGAGUGUUUUGGUUAUUGUUGAUGAAGUAUACAUAUGACAGGGUUAAGUUAUUUCUUACACUUUUGGUUUGUUUCACUUACAAUUUACUAAAGCAUAAUAAGAAAUAUUUUAAAAGAUACUGCUUUUGCCUGUUUCUUUAUAUGUAAAUCUUUAUCAGCAUUAUUUAACUUUUAUACUCUACCUACUGCAGUCUAUUUAUAGUUUUUACAGCUGUAUUUGUUAUUUUUUAUACAGGUUUUACUGUAUAGUCUCAGUUCAAAAACACUUUUUUUCAGUUUUAUUUCAGUAAUAAACUGGACUUGGUUUAUCUUCAUACAAACUGAUUGGUAAACCAUAGUGUGAUAGAUUUGCAUGUAUAAAGGAGAAGGUAUAUGUUGAGGAUUAUCUCAGUCCUGCCAAUUCAUCAGAAAUAAAAAAAAAAUAGAAUUGUA